AUGAUUUCAGACGACGAGAAGAGAAGACUGCGUGCUCUGAAAAAGGAGCAGAAACGGCUCGAGCAGGAGAAUUCUGAAGGGAAAGAAGCGCAGCUCUUCAUUCGUCGUCCCCUCGUCGAGAUUCCACGCACCCAGCCCAUUCAAGACACCUUCACCAUCAUGUCCUACAACCUGCUCGCACAGGCCCUGAUCCGACGCAGUCUCUUCCCCGACAACGGCGCAAUACUCAAAUGGAAUAAGCGGUCCGAGGCUCUGCUAGCAGAAUUGGAGUACUACGCUGCAGAUAUUAUGUGUUUGCAGGAAAUGGACUAUAUCCAGUACAACAGUUACUGGAACCCAAAACUAGCCCGGUUGGGCUACGAAAACAAGUACUAUAGAUCUGGCACCAAAAAUCACGGCGUUGCUGUUUUCUACAAAACGUCCAAAUUCACUCUUUUUGACUCAUCAUUCAUCGACUACGACAAGGUGGCCACCGACGGCAUUCUUCCGCGCACUGCCACACAAAACGUAGGGCUGCUGGUUGCAUUGCAGCCAAAAAACCGGCCCGAAAGUAUCCUUGUGGUCGGUACCACGCAUCUCUUCUGGCAUCCGUAUGGCACAUACGAAAGAACACGCCAGACAUACGUGGUUUUGCAGUCGAUGCUGGAGUUUGAGAAACGGGUCAAACUGUUGCACCCAAGCUUCGUCAAAACAUACAAGUUCUUUGCCGGAGACUUCAACUCACAGCCUUAUGACUCGCCAUAUCUGUCGAUCGUCCAGAAACCGAUCGCGUACAGUGCACGCUGUCUGAACGUUAUUUCAUGCUCUGCCUCGUACGACUACUCCAACCAGGACGGCAACGAGCACGAGACGCCUGUCCCAAGCGAAUUUGAGCCCAAUGAGGAGCAGCGCAAAAUGGUCCAUGACAUGGAGAAACUGCACAACUCGCUCCCUGCGCGCGCUAUCUCUCUGUACUCGCUGGGCUACCAUCUAGUUGACCCGAAAAACGCCGGGCUAGACAACGACCGCAACGAACCGUUCUUUUCUAACUGGGCACACACCUGGCGCGGUCUCCUCGACUACAUCUUCUUUGUGGUCGAGUGGGAUGGCUCGGAUUGCACUGCACCUGACAACCUUGAGGAUUUUGAGGCCCGGCACGGUGUCAUCUUGAAGAGCCUGCUGAAGCUGCCGCACCCCACGGAAAUGGACAAGGGCCAGCCGCGCGAGGGAGAGUACCCCAGUGACCACCUGUGUAUAAUCGCCGAGGUUGCCUUACGCUAACAUCUAUGUAUCUAGUUAUAGAAGAGGCCCAGCUCCGCCACUGAUGCGCCGUAACUGCUGUCAUCGUUGUCCAGCGUGCCGUAAACCUCUAGCAGCACGUACUGUGCUGUGCAGUCCUGUGGCAGCACAAAUGUCGUACUGUUGGGCUCUGUUUUUCGCACCUCUGUGUUGGAUGCAUCGUAGGGCGAGGUUAUUUGGACGGUGUAGUUGGCGAGCACUCUCACGAGCUUCGUCUCGUCUAUGACGAUAUUUGUUCCUGUGGUGUCCACGGGCUCUGCCACGACACUGAGCGAGAAAUUGGCUGCCGGCCGGUCCCCCCACACAAUGGCCCCCGCGUUGAACGUCUCGCUCGUAUCGAACUCCAGCAACACCGCCGCAUUAUCAUUCUUAUUUUCGGCUUGCCAGGUGGUGGAGUUGUCGCCGUCCACGAUCGACAUGAUCACGUCGCCGUCGCGGCCCGAAGUCAAGCUGUGUGCAAGCGCCUGGCAUUCUGUGAGCGAGCCUGGUGUGUUGAACUGCUUCACGUGCACCGGCACUGUCAGCUCUGCGCCGGGCUCCAGAGUGUGGUAGCCAGCGGCCGCAUUUCUGUCGUCCACGUACACAAGUAUGGACUCUGCUGUGCCGCAGUGGCGGAUCGUUCCGUUUGUCUCGCCAAUAACUAUUUCGAGUGACUGGUUUAGGUACUUGAACCCGGAAAUUCUCAGAUCACCGCUAAAAAGUGGUAGCUCGACCGGGUCGAAAUGGAGCACUCGCUGGAGCCGCUGCUCUGGCGUCACCGCAUACGAGAACCUGAUUCCAGUGAGUCCAAAGAAGUAGCUCUGGACGAGCCCUCCGUGCGCCGUGUUAAAGGGGAACGCCGGGUGCGUUCCGCCGUUGGCAUCGUAGUUAUCGUUGUUUUGUUCGCUCAUUUGAGCAAACGGGAACCGCAGAAACGGCGCAACAGACUUGUAGUGGUAGGUUUGGCUGCCGCAGCCGUACUCGUUGAGCUUCUGGCUCACAGCGGCAAACACGGGGAACGUCAUUGCAGGGCCCUGCGACGACUGGUGCAAGGAGUAGUAGGACAGGUCGUUGGUGGCACGGACCUCAUCGUAACCGAAAUUCUGCACCAGAGCGCCGUCCUCGUCAUCGAUGUACGGGAUAAGCACCACGUCGGCCUGUUUGAUCAAGACGGACGAGUUCAUUGUGUCGUACUCGAGCGUGAUGUUGUCACUGGACUGCGGCAGAUACAUGUUUUCCAUUAUCUUUAGCUGUGUGGAGUUGGAUGGUUUGCCCAGAUGCCGCGCCACACGGUCAGCCCACUUCAUCACCUGGCUGAUGACCACUGCCGUGUAUGCGGCGUUGUCUUUGAAGUUGGCGUACUCGUCAGGGUCCGUCAGGUUGUGUGUGGUGUAUUUUUGCACGGUGUCAUUGUAUCUCACGUAUCCGGCAAAAAAGUCUGCCGCAUCCCGCAACACCGGCCAGCCAUACUGCUCCAGAUGCUCGUCGUUGAUUGCCCCACUCAAAUACGCCUUCCACACCGAGUAGCAGAUGGCCCCGUUCAGAUGGUAUUCGUAGUUGAUACAGGGCCCCGUGCCCGUGCAGUUGCCAAACCGACCCGAAGUCCAGGGGUAUACUGCCCCAGAGUAGCCGUUGGCGGCCGCAUUGCGUACAGCCUGCUCGUGUAAAUAGUACCGGUACGAGUUGAGUGCAACGCUCGUCUCAGGAGCAAUUGGCAGCAGCGCAGGGAUCAUCCACAGAUCCACGUCCCAGAAGAUCAUCCCGCCGUAGGAGUCCGAGCUGAGCCCGCCCACGCUCAAAGCAGCCGUCAUAUUGCGUGCCGAGGACCGCGUGUUGGCAAACAGAUGGUAGAUGCUUGCCUCUGCCGCCAGAGUCAGAUACGGCUCAUUUUCCAGCUCGACGGCGACGUCUCCCCACACAUCGGCCCAGGCAUUAUCGUGCAUGGUGCGCAGACUGGGCCACGAGUACCUGGCUGCAUCGAGAGCCGUUCUCUUGGCUGCCGCGAGCGUGGCGUCGCUAGAGUUGGUCCCCAGCAGGUCGUCCGAAACAACCCCCACGUACUUGGUCACACUAAGCGGAUGCUCUAGCACCACAGACACAGUAUUGGUAACUUUAUGGAACGCGGCCGCGAGCGUCUCGUUGAUACAGGAGGCGUUAACGUUCAGCCGCGAGUACAGUGUCGCGUGCUUGUAUUCAACACCUUCCGGUUGCACUGUGAUGAAGAUGCCCGCGUCAUCGUAGCCAAUACUCUCAAGAACACAGCGUUGCGUGGAGUCAAAGUCAAGUACGUCCACCACGUCCAGCUGCAGGGGCGCAGCGCCGGACACUGGGGCCACCUCUAGUUGCACGAGUCCCAGAGUCUCGAAGUCGCGGUGCGCUAUCACUGUUAUGUUCACAGUUACAGCACCCAGCCAGGUGUAGGCUGUCGAAACCGUGCCCGUGGCCAUGCGUAGCUCCUGGCGGUAGUCAGUCACGUGAGCGGAGCUAGUGUUGGCGGUGCUUGGGUCUAGCACGUAUGUUACGCCGUUGAGCGUGGCGGCAAGCUGAAGCGCCGUCCACUGCGGCACCGCACUGAUGACACUUUCGUAGCCGUUUUCGCGCAGCUCGGGAAAGUUGACGCCCGUGGUGUUUGGCUGAGCGUCGAAGAAGCCGGCAAUGAAGCUGCCUGCAUAGCGGGGGUUAAAAAGUGGCCAGCCGUUUAACAGGUCCGAGCUCGUCACGUUCUCGUUUUGAUCGUAGCUGAAGCCAAAGCCGAGGUUGGGGAUCCGCG